AUAUCAAGAUGAACUGGCUAUUUACAAAAGCAGCCAACAACAGGAAUUUUCUGAUGACUUUUAUGCAAGUGAAACACAACUUAACCGAUUAACAUCAAGCUCAAGUUCUACAAUGCCUCGUCAAACUACACUGCCAGUAUUGUUUCUAUUAGCACCAGAAAAUGUUCAAAUUAAUAUUGAUUUAGUUACAGCUUUUGCAGAAGCUGAUAUUCUUUUGGAAAAG